AUGAAAGAGAAUAAUUAUUAUUUAGACUUUAGAGUAAUAAUACGUAGUUUUGUAUUACGUAAACUUAUAUUUCAACAUGUACAAAAGUUAAAUAAUAGAUCGAUUGAAGGUGAUGCUCAAAGAGGAGUGACAUUGUUAAGAUGGGAAGAGUUGAUGUGUAGACCAAUACAUUUACUCAUUCAACACAAGUCAAUUCAAUUGGUUAAAGAGUCUAUGAGACUGUAUGCACCAUAUCACCGAUUCUUGUUUGAUUUGUUGCAGGUAGCAAACGCAAAGAGAUUGGCUAUGGGAAGAAACCCAUCAAAGUUGAUCGAUCUUGCUGCAUUACACAACUCGAUGGAGCUUUUACUCUACUUUCACAACGAAUUUGAAUUGGAUCUAAUGUCUACAACUGCUGGUCACUCUCAGACUAAAGUAUCAUCGUGUAUAACCGAUACUUUGAUUGGUGACUUUCCAAAAUAUGCAAGACAGUCGGCUAUGAGAGCUGCAUCUAUUCGAUUCGAAGUUGAACUAGAACAUACUGGUGGUGACAUUAAAGAACGAUCGUUUGCUACAAAGCUUGCUGUUGCUCAUGCCGUAAAGAACAAUAAUUUCGAAAUGGUCAAGUUCCUCCUAGAGAAUCGAAGUGAAGGGUUUGACAUGACAGCUAUUGACAAUGCCACCAAACUAGGACCCUUUUCCAAUUUGAAAAUGAUCAAAUACAUGCAUGACAAGUGUCCUCUUGCAUUUGGUGAUGGAGUAGCAGGCUGUCUUGGACCAUUUGUAUCGGCUGUUAGAGGUGGAUUUGUUCAAGUGGCCGAAUGGUUUAUUAAACACAAAUAUUAUUUUGACCCAAACCGAACAAAUUGGUUGUAUAUAGAUUGGGCAGCCAAUUCAAGGAGUUUGGAAAUGGUUAAACUCAUGUUUAAACAUGGUCUAGUCAAUACUAAUUGGUACAAUGCAGACUUGUACACAAAGAUUAGUAAUCGUGGUGAUUUUGAUAUUCUAGAAUAUCUAGAAAAAAACCGUCCCCCAAAUAUACCAUCAACAAUCAAUAUAGAGGAAAUUAAAAGAGUAUCAUCAAACCAUAUAGAGCAAAUAGGACUAUUUGAAAAGAUCAAAAAGGGAGACAUACAAGUAUUCAAAAAUGACCCAUCUAAAAUCAAACUAUUGGAUCUUGGCUACAGUUCGCACAUCUUUAAAUAUUUGGGUGAUUCUGGUGAUGUUGAUUUCUUUAAAAUCCUACACCAACACAAUACUCAUCCCGGUAUCUACAGUUCAACCGAGUUUUUCUAUGGUUUGGUGGAUCGUCUCUUGUAUCUUCAUUAUUCAGGUUCGUUGGAGCCGGUGCGAGAAAAUGGCUUUUUGGAAUGUCUAGACUAUCUCUUGGAAAACAAACUCAUUAGCAGAUUGAGUUUUGUCGAAGCUGCCACUGUACAUUGGAGUGGUGAUGAUGACUUGCUUUCUCGGUUCCCUUGGAUAUCUCAUUCGGUGGGUUUGAUCCCUGAAUACAAACUAUUCAACAUUAUUCACAAAAAUGCUCUCAAGCCAGCUGGAUACAAGCGCAUCAUCCAAAUGCAUCUAGAACAACGAACCUUGGGUACCCCUUUAUUUCAAGGAUUCAGCUAUGCAUUCCAAUUCGAUGUCGAUCUCAUCAAGAGUAUUUAUCAAUUGGAUCAAAGUCCAAAGUUGUUUGCCGAAUUUACUCUUGCAGGUGUCUUGGAGAAAUGCAAUAAUCCAAAGGUUCUAUCGUUCCUAGUUAAAAACAAUGUCAUACAAUUUCCACCAGGUGACUCUAUAUCAUCACUAUUCCUCACUCAAACCAUGCCAGUUCAAAAUUUAAUUCAUCAAUUUAACAAACAUCAAGAAUAUCAACCAGAGGCCGAACGUACUACUAGUAGCAGUAUAUUCGAUCAACAUCCAAAUCAAAUAUACCUUUCGUUGGUACAUGCCAUAUCCAAGUACAAUUUCAAGAGUAUCAAUUAUAUUCUAAAAAAUUCUCCAAUCCAACCUUUGGUCGUCAUCAAAAGAACUCUUAGUCAUUUAAACCCGUCUGAUACACUCUUGUCUGGUAGAGAGCCUUCUGUUUGGACAAAAUUCUAUUCUAUAUACAUUCUAUUGUUAUCUUAUGGAAUGGACUUACACGAUUUUUAUUAUCUUUUAAAAUUACCAUUAUCUGUUUAUACUGCUAAUGAUAUUUAA